AUGAGAAUAAACUUUAAAUUAAUUUUAAUAAUAUUAACAAGUUUUUAUGGAAUUAUUAAUUGUCAAAGUACUUGUCCAUAUUCUAAAACCGUAAUUAAUGGAGCAUCAGCAACUUUUUAUUCAGCAAUGGAUAAUGGAAAUUGUGGAUUUGGGAAAUUAACAGGACCAACUGGACCUGGAAAUUAUAUGAUUGCAGCUCUCGGUACUAAACUAUAUCAAAAUGGAGCUCAAUGUGGCCAAUGUUUUAAAAUUAGUAAUUCUAAAAAUGCUUCUGUCACUGUAAUGGCCACAGAUUCAUGUAACGAUGCUGGAUAUUGUCAAAGGGAUAAUCAUUUUGAUUUAUCGCCUACCGCAUUCUCAAUAUUAGGAGCACAAUCUCAAGGUGUGUUGGAUGGAUUAUCCUAUGUUAAAGUACCAUGUAGAGUUAGUGGUAAUGUUAAAGUUAUGUUAAAAGAUGGAAGUAAUGCUUACUGGACAUCUUUCUUGGUUUUCAAUAAUGCUAUUGAUGUUAAACAAGUUUCAAUAAAGUUAAGUGGAAGCUCCACUUAUGUACCACUCACUCAAACAACUUAUAACUAUUGGCCAUCAAGUAUUACUGCUGGUUCUUUCCAAGUUAGAAUUGAAUCAAUUGGUGGUGAAUUCAUUUAUGUAACUAUACCAAGUGUUGUUAGUAGUAAAAUUUAUGAUACUGGUAGCCAAUUCUCUUCAUCGUGUUAA